AUGAUGAAUAUGAAUGAUAAGAAACGAUCAUGGAAUUCGACAUUCGACAAUUCCAAUGAUAAAUAUAUUACCAAUAAAAAGUUCCAGUCAAAUUCUUCUUUGGAACAUCUUUCCAAUGAACUUAUUUAUGAAAUAUUUCAUUAUCUCGAUGCUCAUCAUAUUUAUCAAAGUUUCUUCGAGCUCAAUACGCGAUUUCAAAAUCUUUCGACACAUUCAACACAACUUACUGUUCAAAUCAAUAUGAUAUCAACGUCGAAAUUACUUUUUGAAUCUUAUUAUAAUAAUUUUAUUCUACCAAAUAAACAUCAAAUUCAAAUUUUAUAUUUACUCGAUCCAUUUGUCGCAGAAUCUUUUUCAUCAACUAUAUCACAAUGUUUUCAUUUACGUCAAUUAAAACUAUGUGAAAUACCAGUUGAGUGUCUCGAAAAUCUUCUUCAUAAUUUAGUUUCAUUGAACAAUUUAUCAUCUCUAUCUAUUCAUGUGGGUCAGGGUGCAAAUAAAUCGAAUAUUUAUCAAAGUAUAUUUCAUCUUCAAGCAUUAAAACUGUGUAAACUUCAUUUUGAAGACAAUAAUCCAGUGUGGUCAUUACCAAUGUCAUCAAAUUCAGUAGAAAGUCCCAUUGAAAAUCUAGUCAUUUAUGAUAGUUUUGCUUUGGAUAAUAUUAGUGCAAUUUUAUCAUAUAUACCUAAACUGCAGCGUUUAUCUAUCAAAUACGGACGUACGUUUGGUCUUGAAUUAUCACUGAUAUUUGCCGUUGUUUUUAACGAUCUAAAACAUAUCUCUAUCAUGGGAUCUUGUUUUACACAGCCCGACAUAGACAAAUUUAUCAAAAUUCAUUUAUUCAAUAUUAAAGUAUUACAUAUUUCAUCAACUUGUUACGGGGGAAUAUACCAAUGGGAUAAAUUUAUUCAACCAUACAUUCCACAUUUCAAACUCAAUAGUUUUACUUUUGAACACCCAUCAGAGUGUGCUCAUAUUAUGAAUCUAUAUCGUAGUAUGUAUGACGAAUAUCCAUCAACAUCGCCAGCUAUACGACAAUGGUUUUUUACUCAUGAAGUAAUGUCAGAUGAAGAUUUACAUGAGAUGCUUUGUUCUAUUCAACCAUAUCAACGCCAAUCAUUUCUAUUACUUCAUCGAUGUUGUAUGAAUUCAAAAUGUCAUGUAGAUAUGAAUUAUCGUUCUAUUCACCAUUUAAUUAUUCCUGAAAUGGUUGAAUCUUGUAAAUGUAUUCCAUACUUUCCAAAUGUCACAAAAAUGACUCUCAGUGGUGACUGUGUUGAUUCGUUUUACCUUAGCGGUGCAAGAUUAAGUUUUAUCCUUUCUUUCAAGCAGCUCACCAGUUUGGCUAUUUGCACGGUAAUGGAUGGAUUUGAUAUUAUUUUUAGUAUACUACACUACACGCCAAAUGUUCAUAGUCUUACAUUUACGUUCACAACUACGCGCUCAAAAGGAUUAUCGUCUUUUCAUAAGGGUCAAAGCUAUCAAUAUAUUGUCAAUCACAAUCAAAUUAAAACGAUUAUUUUCAAUGCACAUUAUACAAAGAAAUUGGUACAGUUUUUUAUGGAUCUUUGCCCUAGAUUACAAUAUCUCAUUUAUGGAAUGUCUGAGAAGUCUCUUGAAGCAACAUUUCAAUAUGUAUUGACAGAAACGAAUCAGACAGCAUAUAACCAAUUUUCAUUAUGCAUAUUUGAUGUCAAUGCAAACUGGAUUGAUAAAUUACAAACUAUAAUCGAAUCACAAGAAUUAAAAAAGAAUCACUUAAUUAAAACUGUAAACAAUAAAUUUUAUUUUAAAUGGUGGUAUUAA